GACCACUAUUAUGACGUUCAAAAUUUAAACCGCUUCGAAACUUUAUAAAUAAACACAAACUAAAAAUUUUUGAACCAGCCAUGUCUUACAGUAAAGUUCACAGAUAUUUUUUAAGAACUAUAGCCAGUAGCGGUGUUAUGAGUGUUGAUGAAGCUCAUCGAGUCCUGACUAAAUUUACAGGUGAGCCGAUCUUGUUAAAGAACUGCAUUCAAGAAAUUAAUGAUGUUAUCAGACCAUAUCAGCAGUCAAUCAAAGUAACAUACAAUGAAAGUACAAAUGAAGAAGUAGUUAUAUUCUUAACCCAUGCUUGGGAUUCAAUAUCUGAAUCCCAAAAGAUCUUCACAGCCAAGGAAUUAGACUAUUUCAGAUUAUUAAUUGAAGAAAUAAUGAGUAUUGAUGUAAGAGAAAUCACAGGCAUUAAUGCAAUUAAUUUAGUUAAUAAAAUGGGCCAGAAAAUAUCAAUGCUCCAAGCUGAAGAUUUAUUGGCUAAAUGGUGUAAAAUAUACUACUUAGAGAAGAUACAAAAUAAAUACCGCUUAGGUGUGAGAACCAUAAAUGAAUUUGAAGAUUAUUUUGAGAAAUACAUGCCUGAUGUAAUGAAAGAUUGUUACAUUUGUAAGAAAAAUGUUUUUUGGGGGGCUAACUGCAUAGCAUGUGAAAAAGCUAUUCACACUAGAUGCCUUAAUCAAUAUUUAGAAAAAAUAAAAAAAUGGCCUUGUUGUAAAAUCAACUUCAGUCCAGAUCAACUGAAACAACUUAACGAAAGCCAGAGAAUGACUCAGAUAACUCAAACCUUUGAAGACACACAGUCAAUUGAAGAAAGGUCGGAGAAUUCAACAGCUUCCAAUGUAGAAAGUGAUAAUACAGAAGAAAUGGAAAGAAGUCAAAAUACAGAUAACAUACGACGUCUCUCUAGAAAAAGGAAGAGAGAAUGAAUUUAUGGUACAAAAUGUAUUUUUAUGUAGUUGUAGUUUUUUAUGUGGAACUUAGAACAAAUAUAUAUUUUUAAUUUGCCCUUAUUUUUGCUGUAUUUACAAGCAACGUAAUUUGGCUGGCAUAAAUAGUACGUAGCUCUUUAAUACAAAAUGUAGCUACGCAAUUGAUCUACACGAGUAAUGAAGUUCGGUCAGAAUUCUUUUCUAAAACAGACCAGUGUUUCAAAUCGUGUCAAUGUAUAUACUUAUUUUCUCUAUUUUGUAUUUUUUUCUCAAA